AUGAAAGACAUAAUCAAGUUUUCAGAAAUCGAUCCCGAAAUUCGCAAUUUAAAGAAGGGUAUUUAUAAACAUGAUUGGGACGAAUCGGUGAAAGGAUGCAAGAUUUUCGAGCAUGAACUAUGUGUCUAUGGAAACAUACUAUUAAGAGGAUGUAAAAUAGUAAUACCGAAGGAACUUAGGAAGGCUGCUUUAGAUGCAGCACAUGAAGGUCAUCCAGGCAUUGUCGCUAUGAAAGGAUGUCUCAGGUCAAAAGUUUGGUGGCCACGAAUAGAUAAGGAUGUCGAAACCAUAGUAAAGAACUGUAGGAGCUGUACUUUAGUGGGUGUACCAAAUCCCCCGAUACCAAUGAAAAGGCGCGAACUUCCUGUGGCUCCUUGGAUUGAUGUAGCCAUGGAUCUGUUCGGACCGUUGCUUAACAACGACUAUCUACUAGUUAUCGUAGAUUAUUACAAUCGGUAUAAAGAGGUAAAAAUUACGAAGACUAUCACGAGUUCUCAAAUCAUCAAAAUGCUAAAGGAAAUAUUUAUCAGGUUAGGUUAUCCCAUCUCGAUCACACCAGACAAUGAGAAACAGUUCGUCAGUUAUGAAUUUGAAUCAUUCUGUAAAGAAUGCAAUAUAUUGCUCUUUAACACCAUUUCUUAUUGGUCACAACAAGACGGAGAGGUCGAAAGAUAA